AUGUCUCACCUUACUCACGGUGGCAGAAUCGUGCCCAUACUCACGGGUCAUGAACACCAAGUGCAAGAGGAGCUUCCCCAGACGGCCGACCCGCUGCAGGACCAGCAGGCUGAGCUGCUGGCCAAAACACAACAGAAUAACUCCACCAUGGACCACGCAAGCUUGGAAAUGCCCUGUUUGAAAGAACGGGGCCUGUUUGCUCUACCUACCGAGGGAGAUGGCAACUGCCUCUAUUAUUCCCUCUCCGACCAAUUGUACGGCAUCACCCACCAUGCCGACGAGAUACGCCAGCGCCUGGCCACCCACAUGGCCAACAACAAGAAAUACUUCAUGCAGUUUGUCGUGGCAGAGGGUGGGGAACGCCGUCGGCCUAAACGUGCAGCUGUAUCCGCGUAUGCUACGCGUUCUGCCGAUAUUUUAACCCCGUCUCUUGAGGACAAGGAGCGUCGGUUCGAGGACAUGAUCGCGACCACUCGCAAGAACGGAGAAUGGGCUAGCUCUGAGCAUCUCCAGGCAUUCUGUCAGGUCUUCCAAGUCGAUCUGAAUGUUUACACCAUGGACGGAGUCCAGGUGUUUCGAGAUGUCAAUGCCCUUCCCGAUCAACCCCGAGAUGUACUUCACGUCGCCUUCCACGACUUUAAACAUUACUCCUCCGUGCGGCGUAUCAAUGGCCAACACAAAGGGCUUCUCAGUGGCGUGAAUAUCAUCCCACAACUCAGCGAAGACAUCAAGCCCGACGUAGACAGGAAACUAGCAGAAGACUGUAAAGACAUACCCGUCAUCGCAGGCAAUACUCCUAGUGGCCCUGAUACCACCGACACCGACUUGGCCGUUGACCUCUAUCCCCCCUGGGAUAUCAAAUCCAUCCAAGAGUGCUUUGGUGGCCGCUAUGACCGCGAGACGAUCGUGGACAUGCUUCAAAAAUGCCGAGGUGACAUCGACCGCGCAUUUGCUGCCUUGCUUGACGAAAAUACCGAUGUGCCAUUCGACAAGAAGGCUGCUCCAGGCCUUCCUAUCAAGCAAAGCUUACAGGCAUCACGGUCUUCUUCCCCGUUCAGCACUGGGAGCAAGCGAUCCGCAGAAGACAGUGACGACUCAGAGGAUCCACGUCCAGCUCGUCGAACGCGACCCAAGCGGCGAAUUGUUUCCAACCUAACCUUGGGAGUUGGGAUAUCAUUCAGAGAUGACCAAAACGAGCUCGUCUCUUUGAAUCUUCGCAUGGAAUCCGAAACAGAAAACGGUCAGAACACAGACCCCCUCUCCCUCCCUGGUAACACAACCCCGGAGCAAUCGGACUCAGACGGAAAGGCAAACCCGCGUCGCAGCGGCCGAAUUUCCUCCCGACCACUCUGA